AUGCCGCCCAGGCAACCCAACAUCGUCGCCGGACUCACAGCCAGGGGAGCCAAGCUAGAUGCCAGCGCUUCCACCCUUACUUCCACUUCCACAGUGCCUUCCUCCAUGCGGCCCCCCAUGCAGGAGGGACCGUCACGUCUGAGAAGGCUCAGCUACCCACAGGUCGCCCAGCUUUCCAUAAUCGACGAGCACAGAACCGACGAUGAUGGCGUGGCCGCCGAUGCGUCGAGUAGCAGCACGGCGUCAACCCUGAACCUCCACAUAAACAGCUCCAUCAGGAUUUCCAACGGCAACAACCUGGUCUGCCUGACCGAGUCCCCCGCCAGGCACGCAAACGCCAUCGCCGAGGCCGUCACCCGUGCCCUCCAUCUGACCAGCUCGGGCCACUGCGGCAUCCCCAUGGUUGACGGCAACGGGAACCCCCGUCCCAUACAGAUCGACGUCGAUGCGGGCCUGGUGGUGGACGGGGUGGGCAACGUGCUGGGCAACGAGAAGAUGAUUGAUGAGGUUCUGAAACAGAGGCGCCAGAGACUGAGCGAGGAGCUAGACCCGCGCUCGCAGUCGAACCCGUGUGGUUUGCGUCGAAGACGGCGUGAGCGCGACGACCGGGACGAGGAUGAUAGGGAGUCCGAGGGCGACGAUUUGAGCUAUUAUCAGGCUAAGAGGAGACGGUCACAAUGA